GGAGGCUUCUAAACAACCCGCCCUCCCUCCCCAUCCUCUGUGGUCCAACCACCCUCGGCGAUCGCAGAUUUAACGAGGCUCCGCCUGACCUCUGCGCUCCUCGGGGCUGCGGACUCCCGCCCGCCGCCAUGGCAGAGCUGGGCCUAAAUGAGCACCAUCAAAAUGAAGUUAUUAAUUAUAUGCGUUUCGCUCGUUCAAAAAGAGGCCUGAGACUCAAAACUGUAGACUCCUGCUUCCAAGACCUCAAGGAGAGCAGGCUGGUGGAGGAAACCUUCACCAUAGACGAAGUCUCUGAAGUGCUGAGCGGGCUGCAGGCUGUGGUCCACAGCGAGGUGGAGUCCGAGCUCAUCAACACGGCCUACACCAACGUGCUACUUCUGCGGCAGCUUUUCUCGCAGGCUGAGAAGUGGUACCUCAAGCUACAAACAGAUAUCUCUGAACUUGAAAACAGAGAAUUAUUAGAACAAGUUGCAGAAUUUGAAAAAGCAGAAUUUACAUCUUCAAAUAAAAAGCCCAUCAUAGAUAUCAUAAAGCCGAAACUUGCUCCGCUUAACGAAGGUGGGACGACAGAACUCCUGAACAAGGAAAUUUUAAGACUUCAAGAAGAGAAUGAGAAAUUGAAGUCGAGGCUGAAGACCAUUGAAAUACAGGCUACAAACGCACUGGAUGAGAAGUCAAAACUAGAAAGAGCCCUGCGAGAUUUACAGCUUGAUCAAGGAAAUCAAAAGGAUUUUAUAAAGGCUGGAGAUUUGAGUGACUUGGAAAACACAGUUGCCACUUUAAAGAGUGAGUUUCAGAAGACACUUAACGACAAGACAGAAAAUCAGAAGUCCCUGGAGGAGAGUCUAGCGACAGCCAAACAUGACCUGCUCAGGGUUCAGGAGCAGCUGAGCAUGGCCGAAAAGGAAUUAGAGAAGAAAUUCCAGCAGACGGCAGCUUAUCGCAACAUGAAAGAGAUUCUUACCAAGAAGAACGACCAAAUCAAAGACCUGAGGAGAAGACUGGCGAAAUAUGAACCUGAAGAUUAAAAACGGAAGAAAAUUCCAUGGAAGCUGCCACCACACAAAAGCAUAAGCUGUUUCUCACCUCAGGCAUGUAUUUUGAAGCAGUUUGUUAUAUUUCCUCUCUUUAUUUUUCUAAUAUUUAGACUUCGCUUCUAAUAUUUAGAACUAGAGUUCCAAUUUGCAGUCGCUUAACUGAGACGAGAGAGACUGACAGAUUCCAGUCAGUCACCUGAGAUUCCCCUCUGCCCAGCUCCAGAGUCUUGGUUCAAAUGCACUGAGAGUUCUUUACAGUAAAGAAGAGACUUUGGGGUAGGAAGAAGAGUCUUAUCCUUUUGCAUUAGUAUAAAGAGUAUACCUUUUUAAUAAAUGUUAAAGCUAGUCAUAUCUAUACUUGUGCACCCCCCAGGGUAAAUAUGAAUAUGGAGUUAUUAAAGAUAGUUAUUACAAAUAAACCUUAUUUUUAAAAUGAAA